AGAGAGAGAGAGAGAAGAAAUCGUGGGAGCAAGAAAAGCAGGUUAUGCGUCAGCCGCUUCUCCAUGGGGAAACGUGGAGAUGAGCAGGAGAUGCCGAAGUGCAUCGCGGAGAGCAAAAGCAGAUGAUAUAGAUGGAUAUUAUCUCAUCAAGCUGAAGGCAACCCACGCAGAGGAUAAACCACUUAUGGACGCAGUGGAUUAAAGACCUGCAGACAGACUGAGACAAGCCACAGGAGCAACACGGGCGGAGAUAUUCAUUUAUUCACUUAUUUAUCUUCAUUUUGUGUGUGUGUGUGUGUGUGUGUGUGUGUAAGGGGGAGACUGCAUUACUGCUUGCUAGCACUAUAUGGGCAGACCAGAAAAAAACAAAACAGCAAAGCACAAUUAAUUCAUGCUUGUUCCUGCCCCCCGCCCCCACCUCCCCCCUUUCUAAGCAUGUGUUUGCUCCCUGGCUCUACAUGUGUGCAUCAAGCCAAAAGUGAGCUCCAGAUCGACUUAGUUGUAUGAUGUAACGAUGCUAUGCUUUAUCACCAAGAGCGGAGUUGAAGACAAACAUCAAUGUCCGAGGAAGGAAGUGCUUUUUUGAUCGAUCCGACAACAGGUCACACGCCCGUGCAGUUGGGGCCUCGGUCCUGAUUGCGGAAGCCUAAUCUUGGAUGUUUGAUGAGCUGCCGUUGGGGAAACUUCUGUGCUCCACGCACCACAGAGGAGGAGGAGAAGGAGGAGGAAGAGGAGGAGGCGGCUGAAAGCAGGAAAGGAGGCCAGUGAGUGCUGUGGAUCGCGUAGGCCGGCCCAUGGCGGACUGCUGAAGCUUUCGCACGGUUUCAUCUCCAGCUGACAGCGGAUCAUGGCAGCGAUGGGACCACCAUCCUCCUUUCCCACAGCUCUCAGGAGCCGGCAAGUUGCGAGUUGGUGCUCCGGAAAACCCAGCAGGAGGAUGGUGUGAACUAUCUGCCAGGAGAUCCCUGACGCCGCCGUUCACGGCCACCUUGUUUCUUCUUCCUCAGUUUGGAAAGCUGAUUGCAUCUGAGCACAGCAGGCUGUGUUGAACUGAGUGGGAGUUCUCUCCCUCCCACUCACUCCUCCCUCUUCUUCUCCUCAUCGGACCUCCACCUCAAACCCCAGCUCCAUGGACUGAUCCCUAUAGCACCAACCUGUCCUCCUUUCCUCUCCCUCUCUUUUCUUUUUGUUUUCUUUUUCUUUUUGUCGAGGCUUCGGGGGAAUUGCCGAGACCUGUUUCAUGCAUGUCCACUGGAGGCAGAUUCAACUUUGACGAUGGGGGGUCAUACUGCGGUGGGUGGGAGGAGGGCAAGGCGCACGGGCACGGGAUAUGCACGGGUCCCAAGGGCCAGGGCGAGUACUGUGGGUCGUGGGCCCACGGCUUUGAGCUGUUGGGCGUCUACACUUGGCCCAGCGGGAACACUUACCAGGGCACCUGGGCGCAGGGCAAGAGACACGGCGUGGGCGUCGAGAACAAGGGUCGAUGGGUCUACAAGGGGGAAUGGACGCACGGCUUUAAGGGACGCUACGGUCUUCGGGAGAGCACCGGGAUGAGCGGCAAGUACGAGGGAACGUGGAACAAUGGGCUGCAAGACGGAUACGGCACUGAGACAUACUCUGAUGGAGGCACAUUUCAGGGCCAGUGGGUUGGAGGGAUGCGGCACGGCUAUGGUGUUCGUCAAAGUGUCCCAUAUGGUAUGGCGGCCGUCAUCCGCUCCCCUCUCCGUAACUCCAUCAACUCACUUCGCUCCAGCUCGGAACAAAGUAACGGUACAGCCCUGCUUGACCGGAGUGGCGCGGGAGUUCCUGUUCCUCCCCCUCUUCCUGGUACCUUGUCCACGAGCGUCUCCAUGUGCAGUACAGGAAGCAGUGGCAGUAGUCCUGCAGUUUCUCGAGGGGGUUUCGUACUGACGGCGCACAGUGAAACUGAGCUCCUAAAGGGCAAGCGGAAGAGCGGACUGUUCAGGAGAUCUAUUCUGUCCGGGCUUAAACUGAGGAAGUCUGAGUCCAGGAGCUCUCUGGCGUCUCAAAGGUCUAAACAGAGUUCGUUCAGGAGUGAAGCUGGGAUGAGUACUGUGUCUUCAGCUGCGUCUGACAUCAACUCUACUAUCAGUCUCGGAGAUGCAGAUGCGGAGUUGGCAGCAGCUGAUGAUGAUGUGGACGCCACAGCAACAGAGACCUAUUGUGGGGAGUGGAAAAAUGACAAGAGGACAGGAUUCGGAGUUAGCCGGCGGUCCGACGGGCUGCAGUAUGAGGGGGAGUGGCUCAGCAACAAACGCCACGGCUAUGGCUGCACCACAUUUCCUGACGGAACGAAGGAAGAGGGGAAGUACAAGCAGAACAUCCUGGUGAGUGGCAAGAGGAAGAAUCUGAUCCCGCUCCGAGCCAGUAAGAUCAGAGAGAAGGUGGACCGAGCCGUGGAGGGAGCACAGAAGGCAGCAGACAUCGCACGCCAAAAAGCUGAGAUUGCUCUUUCCAGGACUGCACAUGCACAGGGUAAAGCAGAGGCAGCUGUUGGAGCGGCCCAGAAAGCUCAAGAGGAGAGUCGCAUGGCCAGAGUCACUGCCAAGCAGUUCUCCCCUUCUUUCCAGUACCCGGGAAAUGGCAUGGAAGUGCAACGUCCCAAGUGUCAAGUGUCCAGCGAAGUGGAGGGUGAGGGCGUGUCCAGUAGCGCCGGAACCGCAGACAGCCCGGACCUCUAUGUGAGGAGCACAGGCUCGGAAGACCCCUCCAAUGCCACGCCAGAUCUUAGUCCCCCUUCUUCAUCACCUCCCCACAGUCCUCCUGCCUUAAUUCGGCCAGCCCAACGCAGCAAAAGUGCUCGCUUUCACCGGCAGACUGCAGUCGACCAUGGAGAUAGGGGGAAGGAAGGGGGAGAGCGGGGAGAGAAAGAAGGGCCUGGAGGGCAGACAGAAAUUCAGGUCUUGAUCGAGGGAGGCAGCAGGGAGAGUGAAGGUGGAGGAGGAAAGGUAGAGUACAUGCGGGCAAAAAGUUGUAGUGAGGAAAAGAGGAAAGGGCUCUUCCAUAAAGGGGGAGGAGGACUUAGCGGACAAGGCACGAGCAGGACCAAUGGACACAAACACAGCUCCACCAAUCACAAGUCUCGGGACCAUAGUUCAUCUAAUCAUAAACAAACGAGGAGAGACAGAUGGACAGAGACAUCCACUUCUGCCUCUUGGACGUCCGGGCACAGGGGGGCGGAGAGCAGGGGAGGGCGGCUUCUCGAACAGGACGAAGAGAAAAUUAGCAAUUAUGAAAUGGAGAUGAAGCCUUUACAGCCCAGAGACUCCACUACACAUAAGCCCUAUGGGCACGGGGAGGAGAAGCACGUGCACAGUCAUUCUCACGGGGAGGGGCGCUCACACACAUUGCAACGACAGAGACAUAGGAACCGAGACGGGAGGGAAGGAAGAGAGGGCAAAGAGGGCAGGGAAGGCAAAGACCAGCUGGAGAGCGUCCGACUGGGUGACAAGAUGGAUUCUCGGCCUAUACGACGGAACCUCACCCUCUCCCCACCUCUGAAGUCCUCCCCCAUUGCACCGGAGCAACAGGAUUAUGGACUCAUACAGCGCAAAGGCCACUCAGCCUACAGCGUUAUCCUGGUUGCCAUGGUGGUUCUUCUCAACAUUGGAGUGGCUAUUUUGUUUAUCCACUUUUUUAUUUAAGAAUAGCAUUGUUUUCGGAAUGAGCCUAGACAUGCUACAACUAUAAACUUCGAUAGCUAUGAAGAGGGAUCUGCUGUCAAAUUUGUGUUCCUUGGAAAAUGACUGCAAGCACCUGAAGAGAACGUGGAGGGCUAUAAUCCAUUUUGGCCCCAAAUAUUUGGGUUGAAGGUGGCUAAUUUGCGAGUGUGUUACAAUCUGAAUCCAGCUACCAUGAAGGCAACACUGCAGUGCAGAGCCCAACGACGUGGAUGUAAGAAGGGGACAACGGCCUUGGUAAAUGGGCUGCAUAAUUCAGUCUGAAAACUGGACUAAAGUGAGCUUGAGUCGUUCACAUAUUGACUGAAAUUGGUCUGAUUCUCAGGCCAUGGCGUUAUAGCAAGUAAUGCCUGCUUCCACUGUCUGGAGACAAAAUCUAUACCUUUUUCAUCUUCAAAUCAUAGUUUACAACUGAUUUGUCAUCUUUCUUUAUGAACACUUUCUCUCAUGUAUAAUAUGUUGAUGGACAUAUUAUUUCUUUUGUAAGCCCUUCACUUCACUCUAGAUGACUCCUACUUUUUGCUUCUUCCGUCUGCCCAAAUGUUCUUACUGAUGUAUUUCUUUCAUCUCUGUCAGGAAAGACAAAUGCAGGGACUGAAUUACAGCACCACCCAGAUACAAUCUUGGAGGCUGCCUGUCUGUGUCACCUCUCACACACACUCUCAGCUCGUUUCCCAUCCCACUCUUUCAGUCGGCGUCAUCUGUGUGUGAGUAAAGUGCAUGACUAUGGUGUGCCUCCACAAAGCCAUUGUAUGUUUGCAAUGAGCAGAGAGAGAACGUCUCAUGAGGACAUGCUCUCAACUCAUCCACAUCCCGCAAACCAAUGUUUGCAGGCAGUGAUGCUCUCUCUAGUCUUUCCCUCCUACUCUUUUCCACCUCCAUACACGCCAGUCAUUGAACUGUACUUCCUCUGAGUUGGUGGUAGUUCAGGACAGACCCUCAUUGGCACAGCCUAAAACCUGCUGUACAACUGGCAGAGGCUUUUUAGAGACAAUAUUCAAGUGUAUACCAUUAUCAAUGUGACCAUACAGCAUCAAUCUGAUUUAACAAGUUUCAGUCACCACGCAGCAAUAUACACAAUAAUUCAACUUCUGAAUGAACCUAAUAUGCACUGGAACCUUCAAAGAUUAAUUUAAUUUCACCUUCUUUAAAAUUUUGAAUGCACAUGGCGAACUGCUCAUUUUUUUGGUACUCUUUGCACAACUUGCUGAUCUCCAGCAAGAAGCUGAAUGGCAAAAUUGACGAACGGUUAUUUGAUCAAAGAAUCUACCCAUACGUUUCCUGUUUCAAUUAGAAUUACUAUUUAAACCGACCUCUCUAACAUGCUGUUCCCAUUUUGACAUCAUAGGAUCUAACAAUUGAUGAACGGUACCUCAGCAUUGCGAGACCUCUAAUGGGAUAUUUUACACACACGCUUGUUUGGAGACCCCAAAAAACUUGGCUUCCUUUUGAAGGUAUGAGUAUUCCGCCUGACUCCAACAUUACAGUAACACACUAUAGGAGGGCCAUGGCUGUGGCUGUCUCCCAACCUCAAGAUUCAGACCUCAGUUGGCCUCAUUCAAAAUAAAUCUAUGAACUGGUCUGCAUGCCUUUUUCCUCUGCUGUGGCUUGAUUGGCUCAAGUGAUUUGAUGGUAUCAAACUUUUUAUCCGUUAUAUGUUCAUGUAGACUAUAUUUCGUUUGUUUUUUUUUUUUUUUUUUUUUUUUAACCAUGUGCAGCACACUUUAAAUGUAGAUAGAGUCUGGGGAACGCUACUAUUACAUCCACAUGACUGAAAUCUCCUGCGACUGUGUACUGCCUCUGGGUAUAUAUUGACUUGGGAGCUAAUGGCAUUGUGUAGUAGGCUAAGGGCGAAGUUAGCGUUUGCAUCUGCUAUACACACUGCUGUGAUCAGAACUGCUGAUGAAAACUUAUGAAAUCGGAAAAGGGUCAGCAUUUACAGUAAGUGUUAAUUAUCCGAAGUCCAGGGAGCUGUGACUAUCAACACACAUAGACAGCGGGUUUCAACAGAAAUACAGAGCUACUGGAAGAGUCACAGAAAGGCAUAACAGUGGCCGUCCAUGAAAAUGUAUUGUCGAUAAAUGGCUCCAUAAACUGUUGUGAAUUUUGCCUUUCGGGUCCUUGUUAUCGAACAGCGGGAUGUGCAAAAAGCAAUAAAACAACGAGCAGUUGGGCAGGUCCAUUCAAAUGUUGAGAGAAGGUCAAAUUAAGUUAUAGUGCCUCUUGGGUUCAUUAUGAAAUGUCAUCUGAAAGUCCAAUGUCGCUUAACUUUUUGUGAGUGGUGUAUCUCUCACAAGCGGGUCUGAAGAAAGCAGCAAAAAUAUUUUAAGGUAAACCAGCAAGAUGUCUGCUAAAGUACGUCAACAAAUGUCUGACUUUUCUAGACGGUACUGUAUUGGCAUAGUAAUCAAAUAAGUGGUCGUUAAGAAUUCUAUCGACUGAGUGGAACUUAAGAUUGAUGAAUCGCUUGUUGAACAAAAGUAAAAUUCCAUGUACCUCUUGGCUGCAAGCAGUGAAAGUGCAGCCCCUUUCGCGAAGUAGUUUGUGAGUUCAAGAACAGCUGUGGAAAAUGGAGCUAUAUACUGUACACAAGGAGUAAGGCAUCUCCAUUGGGCAGCAUUAUUCUGCAUAGCACGACAUCAGCACUAAAACGCAAGUUCCAGUCAAAUCAAUGGUCUUAGUGCAUUGAAAAGCAAUUAAAAAAAAAAAGACUCUCGAGUAUUUGCUCAUUUCUGUUAAUUCCCGUCAAGGUUUCAUGGGGUCAAAUAUUAAUUAAUGCAUGUGUACUACUUUGUAAUUCCAUAGCUUUGUUUGAUUUGUUCAGUGACUGUGCAGGAAAUCUAUUGCAUA